GGAUUGCGGCGGUGGUGGAGGAGGACGGGGACGACGACGAGAAGAGAGACAGGCCAACAGAGCGCAGCAUGCUUACUGUGCGAUCCUUGUGCCUCUCUCUAUAGCGCCGACAUUGGUCUCAUCGGCCUGGCCGUCAUGGGUCAGAACUUGAUCCUCAACAUGAACGACAAGGGCUUCACCGUCUGCGCGUACAACCGUACCACGAGCAAGGUCGAUGACUUCAUGGCUCACGAGGCCAAGGACACCAACAUUGUCGGUGCCCACUCCAUUGAGGAGUUCGUCGCCAAGCUCAAGCGUCCGCGCAAGAUGAUCAUCCUCGUCAAGGCUGGCCCCGCUGUCGACGCCUUCAUUGACCAGCUCACCCCUCACCUGGAGAAGGGCGACAUCAUCAUCGACGGUGGUAACUCGCACUACCCUGACUCGAUCCGCCGCACCAAGGCGCUCGAGGAGAAGGGCCUUCUCUUCGUUGGCGCCGGUGUCUCCGGCGGUGAGGAGGGUGCCCGCCACGGACCCUCCAUCAUGCCCGGUGGCUCGGAGGCUGCUUGGCCCCACCUCAAGGAGAUCCUCCAAAAGACCGCCGCUCAGUCGGACGGCGAGGCCUGCUGCGAGUGGGUUGGUGGUACUGGCUCGGGCCACUACGUCAAGAUGGUGCACAACGGUAUCGAGUACGGAGACAUGCAGCUCAUCUGCGAGGCCUACGACAUCCUCAAGCGUGGUCUUGGCAUGAGCGCCACCGAGAUCGCUGACGUCUUCGAGAAGUGGAACAAGGGUGUGCUCGACUCGUUCCUGAUUGAGAUCACGCGCGACAUCCUCCGCUUCAACGACGUUGACGGCAAGCCCCUCGUCGAGAAGAUCAUGGACUCGGCAGGCCAGAAGGGUACCGGACGAUGGACUGCCAUCGACGCCCUCGACCUCGGCCAGCCCCUCACCCUCAUCGGCGAAGCCGUUUUCGCUCGCUGCCUUUCUGCCAUGCGUGAUGAGCGUGGGCGUGCUUCCAAGGUCCUCGCUGGCCCCACCCCCAAGUUUAAUGGCGACAAGCAGCAGUUCAUCGAUGACCUCGAGCAGGCCCUCUACGCCUCCAAGAUCAUCUCGUACUCUCAGGGUUUCCUGAUGAUGAACGCCGCAAGCGAGGCCAACAACUGGACCCUCGCCUACGACAAGAUUGCCCUCAUGUGGCGCGGUGGUUGCAUUAUCCGCUCCGUUUUCCUCAAGGACAUCACCUCGGCGUACCGCAAGAACCCCAAGUUGGAGAACCUCCUCUUCGACGACUUCUUCAACAAGGCCAUCCACGACGCUCAGGACGGCUGGCGUCGCGUCGUCGCUCAGGCUAUCCUGAUGGGCAUCCCCACCCCUGCCUUCUCGACCGCCCUGGCCUUCUACGACGGUUAUCGCACGGAGCACCUGCCUGCUGGUCUGCUCCAGGCGCAGCGUGACCUGUUCGGUGCCCACACUUUCCGUCUGCUGCCGGGCACUGGCGGUGAGAAGUACAAGGAGGACGUCGACAACCACGCCGACUGGAGGGGCACGACUGGACGUGUGUCGGCGAGCACGUACUCUACCUAAGCGGGCGUGCCAGCGAGAGAUUGUUUGUUAGUAGUGCCAGUCGCGUCUGCGUAGAAGAAAGAGAGGGGGACGGGCUGUCUGUCUCUCUCUUGAUCGAAUGAAUGGAAGAUUUACA